UGAAAAGUAUCUGGUGGCACCGAUAUUACAGUUGCAGGGCCGAGCAGUCGCCUCCCCGGCAUUAAUCGAUAGGCUUUGAGGACUGAUAAGCUUACAAGUCGAUUGCAAUGUGGAUUCGUCAGCGUUGAUCUGGAUGGGUCAGCUGCACAAUACUCAACUUGCGCGCAGAGUCCAGACCAAAGGACGAAUGUCAAGUAGCUAAAUUGCAGUGGCACCUCGAGCUGAUGUUGUGUCCACAUGAAGGAGGCCGCUGGAGAGCUGCGACAUCAAAGACGCUUAAAUGGCGCAGCGUCAACUGGCUGACGAAACACCAAACAAUAUGAGCUGAUUUGACGCACGCAAAAAUAGCAACAGGAAGUCGUGCAACGGUGGAGUUGGGAACCUUCGUCGCAGGUCGGCAAGUUGCAGGUGCAGCUCAAACAUAGCCAUGCUUGCCACCCAUGCAUUAACAAAUCAUAAAUAUUUUCGUUCCCGUUUCAGCCGUGGCCGUGGACGCGAUGACAGCGCCAUACAACAGUAGUAUCAGGUGACAGAGCUUGCUGUAACUAUAUGUGAACACAAGGUCUUUGCGCGAUGGCUCUGCCAGCCUCAGACGCGGCGGAAGUGGUGCAACUUGAUUUGGACGCUCCGACAUUUCCCUGAACAAUUGCGGCUCGCACGCCGCUUGACUCUGUUGUCUGCGCUGAACGGCGUCACGAUCUGCACGCGCGAUAAACGGUCCUCCCUGAGCCCGCCCGCGCGCAACAGAAGAGGGGGCAGCGGUGCAAAGAGCGGUGCGGGGAGCUUGCAGUAGUACACAAGGGCCAUGGCUGACGCCGCAAGACCACGACAAAGCGUGACUGCGGCGCUCCGGGCCCUGGCGGCGUGCGUGUACUGCCCCUCCACGUCCGCAACCGCCUCCGCCGUGGCCAACCACUUUCCGUUGGCUGGAUCUAGGGGCGCCGGUGGUGGCGCCAGCGGCGAUAGCAAGCGGAGCAUCAGGCGGAGGAGUGGCGGGGCAUAAACCGGCGGUGGCGAUUAUGUGGGCGGCAGCGACAGUCCGUUUGCGCGGCGGCGGUGACGCCGGUGGGCGUGCUGCACUGCUGUUCGACAUCGCGCCGCCGGUGUCGGCUGUUUCAAGCCGCUGGGGCAGUGGGUCGACGGCAUGUGCUGCCUACCUAGCCGCCUGCCAGUCAGGGGCGCUGUUUGCUGCCAUGCAUUUCGCGUGGGUGCUGUGAUCUUUCUGGAUACCGGCCUGAUGCAGAUGGCAGCGGUGUUUAGUCGAACCAUGCCGAAAUAGGGCAGCGGUGAUCGCGGCAGAUUUAUAGAUUGAGCCAGCUUGUACGGUCAUAUAACGACAGGGUCUGUGCUUCGGCCUUUCGGACUGCGCAAGAGCUUAGCUUGUGUGCAAAGAGUAACUGCACGUGUGGCGUUUGGGCUUGGCAGGCAAAGCUGUCUAGCCAUUCGGAGAUCUGUCAGAUCACGCACAGCCAGUGCGGGUUAGACCGUAGAGGCGUAGACGUGAGUGCGGCGGCGGCAUCAUUGGGACAGCCAUAAUCCGAGCAGGCUUAGUUUGAGGGUCUGUGUGCCGGCCUUUCCUGGCCUUGGACUACGCAGGGUCUCAGCUGUUGUGUGGAGUUACUGUGCAUGUCAGCAUGUGGUGUUUCAGUGUUUGGGCUUGGCUUGGCAAGGCUGCCAGGGAGCUGGUGAUGGAAGACUCCGCCGUAGCCGUGUGAAAGUGCUUCGUCUGUUGGUCAAUGCUGCGCGUACGAUGUAUGCUUCUGUGUCGGUGCCAACGAGCAGGACACCUGCUUUUGCCGGGCGCAAGUCAUCGGGCGGGACAGCGCGGGCGAACAUGCGAAGUGGCA